AAAUGACCUUAGCUUUAUUUGGAUAAUCUCUUGAUUUUAUUUAGAGUCUUGACAGUUCGCAUUUGAAAUUGUAUCUUGUGUUAUAUACAAAUUACAGGUUUAAUUUAUAAAGUGUACGGUGAAGUUAUAACAUCCUGUAGAUCAGUAACGAAACGUUUGCGGAGCUAUGAAUGUUUAUAUAAACUUUUAGUCAUAAAAUAAACCAAGAAUUAGCCCCUUCCGUAUUUGCAUCACAUUUAGGAAUACCUUAUGCAAUUAUACGUACAUUGCGAGAAUCAGGUAAAGUACCGAUGAAGUAACCGAUCUCGAUAAGGGGAGGUGGAUGGUGUUUGGUAGAAAUCAAUUCUUUUCGUUGAGACUUUUCAUUAGAAUACCUACCAUGGAUAAAAUUACUUUCCAAAAAAAUGCGCAAAAAACUGUUAAGUAAUCAAUAAAUCGAUUUAAUUCAAUCAAACGCCAUACUAUAACAAAGUUUGGGUUUUCAAUUCGGUAGUGUGUCUUUUCAUUUCUAUUGAUAGCCUGAUACAUAAAUAUAGAAUAAGGAUCCUACCAACGGUAAGUACAUAGGUAUAAAUGAAUAUAAAGUAUAAUUGUGUUUUAUAUAUUAUAUAGGAAGUAGGUGGGUAUUUCUGUGUAAUACGAGUGCAACAUGUAUCUCCACAUGAACUUUACAUAUCAUUGGACGAUGUUAUAAUUUAUUAUGUAGAUAAGAGUGAAGGUGUGAACCUUUAAUUAUUAGAAUUUGCGUUCCUAAUUUUCAGGAAAACGAAACGCCAAAAAAAGUUUUGGUUUUCAUUGGCGUAAUGUAGGUGAGUAAACUUACAUAUUGAAGUUUUUUUGAAAAAAAGCGGUUUUUUGACUGUAAUUCCCAAACCAAUUGAAAUUUUUUUUUCAAAAUUGUUCAUUUUGUGUAGAAUUAUAUUAGUUUACUACACUAUAAAUUUCAACAAAUUCGGUUCACUGGUUCGCCUGAAAAUUAGGCACGCAGUAUCUCCAUAACGUUAUAAAUGCAGACUCCAACCUUAAGCCAAAGUAUCUGCUCUCCAUGAACAGACAAUGUUCUUUUGUUUUGAAUUUCAUCUCAUAGGCGUACCCAUUUUCUUAAAUUUCUUCGCUUCUUUCGAUUCUUGCCCUCUUCUUACGAUUGUAUUUACCUUUUCACGCUUUAAACGCUUCUUCCUUCCUUACUGUUUUCACUAUUCUAAUUUUCGAAUCUUAUGUGUACUAUUUUAUUCAUUGUUACGCCUCUGAUUCGUUUCAGGGCCAUCUGUUGGUAUUUCGUCUAAACUACGCUAUUCUUUCCCGCUCUUUUCAAAAAUCUGUUCUUCUUUUCCCUCUAACUUUUUAUGUUCCUUAAUUAUUGGUUCGUUUUUUUCAAAAUCUACGUUUCGUUUUCCGUUUUCGAUAAUUGUCAUUUCUGUAGUGUGCUGUGAGGUGCGAAAUUUUUAUAGCCGCAUUAAUCCUGGCAAUAAUAAUAAACGCGUGAAGUUGUCCCUUAAAAAGGCACCCUCGCAACAAGUGCAAACUGCUCCAACUAUGUUGGGGCAGUUGCUCCUGCAACCAAACGUCAUCACGACCAUCAGUGCGCAACCGGCGGGUACGUCGGGUACAGGGGCGCGACAGGAAACACAGCGGAUUCCUGAUCAAACCCCUGUACCUGUAAUAUCCAUAGCGGAUAGUGACGUGGAGGACGAGUUCAAUCGUCUGUUUGAAAGCGUAACGCCCCCCACGUUACCUUCAUCCACCCCGCUCCGGGCGCCGCCGCCACCACCACCACCGCAGUAUGGUGGAAAAAAUUUAGAUUUGCUGCGGGGGGGAGGAACACGUCAUUUUUAGUCCUGAAAGUCAGGACAUCCUCCCCCCAUACAGUCAAAUGGAUCCGGUGCUGCAGCAGCAACCUAUGGAGCAGCAGCUGCAUCACCAGUCACAACAACAGCACCAGCAGCAGCCCCAGCCCCAGCCCCAAGCCCAACUUCAACCCCAGGCUCAGCACCAGCAGUCCCAGCAUCAGCAGCCCCCGCAUCAGCAACAGCAAGCGGUUCCUCCAACCAACUUGGAGGAAUUCCGAAAUACUGGUGUGCAGUGGCUGCGUGCGUUGUUGGGGACGUACCGGCAGAGUGCUGGAGUUCACGAAGGGCGGAUCGCCCAAAUGCGAGCUGCCCUCGAACGUGAAUCGCAGAACUUCGAGGUUUUGCGGAAUAAUAUCCGCAAAACCGAGAAUGUUCUGCGAUUGCUCGAGGACGCGGAAGUGUAGUAUUAAGAUAUUUUUAAGGUAUUAUAAUUUAGUUAAUAAGUAGUCUUAGUGUUAUUUUAGUUAUUGGGAGUUUUAGUUUUUCUUUAAAUAAAUAAUUAUCUUUA